AUUUAUUAUGGUGAUUUCUAAUUUGCCUGUGGAAUCUCUCAAUAAUGGCUGCACACAUCAAAAAGUUGAUCCUCAUUUUAUGACAACAGAGAAAUAUGACUUUAAAUAUAUACAAGAUACUGUGUAUAAACUUGCCGAGACAGAUACUACAUUAGGGCAUAACGUAAGGGAGGCACUGACAACUAUCGAAAGAGCAUAUAAAAACUAUGGGUAGAGACAGUAGAUAUAUAUGGGGAAUACCACUAGUUCGCAAUGAGAAAAAAAGGGCUCACACAUACGUUUAUAGUAUAGAAACUACUUCAUUAUCUUUCAAUGGAGGAAAAGACUGCACUGUUCUAUUACACUUGGUAGCAGCAGUUCUAUCUCGAUUAGGUCACAGCCAAAUACCAAUCAAAACUGUCUUUGUUACUUAUCCAAACCCGUUUCCUCAUGUGGAUGCCUUUGUCAAGGUUUGCAUCAGACGAUAUGGUCUCGAUUGCGUUUAUAUACCAGGACCAAUGAAGCCAGCACUUCAGCAGUAUUUGGAUCAAACUAAACCGAGGCCAUGCGCCAUUUUUGUAGGCAUCAGAAGAACGGAUCCUUAUGCGGAAAAUUUAACUUGUUUUGACAAGACGGAUAAAGGAUGGCCAGAAUUUAUGCGUGUUCAACCGAUUAUUGACUGGAGUUAUAAAGACAUUUGGGAUUUUCUACUUUUACUUGGUGUUCCUUAUUGCUCACUUUAUGAUCAUGGCUAUACUUCAUUAGGUAGUAUGGAAAAUACCCAUCCAAACCCUGAUUUGGUAGAUGAAAAAGGUGGAUAUAGACAUGCUUGUCAAUUAGAGAAUGAAUUGCAUGAACGUAAUGGCAGAACAUGUGUAUCUAAAAAGUAAUACACACAAUUUGUAUUUAAACAUAGAUAUAGUAAAUAGAUUCUCUUUAUUUUAAUAUCAUUCACCCUUGCUAUUUUUAAACUUUUUAUGUGUUUUCGGCAAUGCAAAACGGAUCGAAAGGUUAUCCUAUUCGUUAACUGAGAGUAUACAAAGUGAUGAAAUGACCUGUAAAGAUUUGAAAGUGGGGGUACUAUGCUUUAUAGAUCUGAGUAGAUGGCGUUGAUACAGUGCUCACGGCUCAUACAGUUGGCGAAAUGGAGGCGAAAUAUGCGGUAUUGCCCCUUGACGUCGAAGGCCCGUCUAGCAUCGAAAGCAGCCCACAAGUCAAGAAAGAAUAGAACAAUGCGGUUAGAAAGCUAUGAAAACUUUGUAUUUUAUUGUUAUUAAUUUAAAACCACGAAUAAAAAAGCGCAGCUCAGAG